AGCGCGUUGUCCUCCUUUUAACGCACCAGUUGAUCCACGAGGGGAGCGGAGCGCGCGCCGCCUGCACGAUACUGCUGCUGCCGGGAGGAGGAGAAGCCACUCUCCGGAAUACAACCCUCUAAUUUAUCCUUUUUUCUUUUUUUUUUUUACCGGUAUAACCUGCCCUGGUGUGAGACUUGCCGGUUUCCUCGUGGCUCUGUCUUCUGAGGCGUUACAUAAAGCGGAUAACGGGCGGGGAUGAGAGCGUGUCUGGCGGCGUGUAGCGGCACAAUUAUCUGACCGCGGCGUUCGGCGCCGGGGAGGCAACACUAAGCUCUGGGUAAACGUGCUGGUGCAUCUGCGUUCUGUACUGUGAACGGCUAGCUGUAGGACACCGCUGCUAGUCUGACUGACGGGGAGCUAGGCGGCUAAUCAGAUGAACAGUGUGCGCACAGAGAAGAUGGAGUCCUCACUAGCCUGACGCUAAAAAAAAAAACCAUGAACAGCUGUCUAGAUCUACCUGUUAGAUCAUUUCUAUGAUUAUUUAUUUUUCUAUCCAAACAGUCGUAUCUAGUGUAUAGUCAUAGUGGGCCCAGCAAGUAUCCACUAAACUGACCCGGACGCCAAAAACGAGCUCAUGUCUUAAUUAGGAAGACAAAGAAUUAGACUCUAGAGGGUAAGCCGGUUAGAUAAGCCUGUUUCCACCGGUCAGUCAUCGCAGUCUGGAGUCACUGGUCCGCAGCUUUUAUCCUCUGCUGUUUCUGCACCACACCGCGAUGGAAGGGGAUGCCGGGAGCGUGGAGCCCAUGCCGGGAUACUGGGAGCUCCUCAGCAGAGGCUCCAGCAUCAUGCUGGGCUCGUGGAGAGACUGUAGUCACUGCGGGCUGGAGCUCUCCAAACAGACUCUCCUGGAUAACGCAUACAUCACCUGGACCGAAAUCGCCCUGUUUUUGUUGUGCGCCUUUUUGUGGACGAUGGUCAGGCGGGGACUGACAGAAAGCCUAUUUAAGCCUCUUGCACAGUGGUGCAAACUGCUGCCCAAAGAUGCCGCAAAGAUGCCAGAGAGCGCAUGGAAGCUGGUCUUCUACACCCUGUCGUGGUCCUACAGCACCUACCUGCUCUUCUUCACCUCCUACUCCUUCUUCCAUGACCCUCCAUCUACCUUCUACAACUGGAAGAGUGGUAUGGCCGUGCCUACAGACAUCGCUGUAGCCUACCUGAUCCAGGGCAGCUUCUACGGCCACUCCAUCUACGCCACCAUCAACAUGGACACGUGGAGGAAGGACUCUGCUGUCAUGGUGGUCCACCAUAUCAUCACACUGGCUCUUAUUAGCUUCUCCUACGCCUUCAGAUAUCACAACGUGGGGAUUCUGGUGUUAUUCCUUCAUGACAUUAACGAUGUCCAGCUGGAGUUCACCAAGCUCAACGUCUACCUGAAGUCCAGAGGAGGUGGCUAUCACCUCAUCAAUGAUGUUCUGGCCAACAUUGCCUCUGUCAGCUUCAGCAUCACUUGGUUCUGGUUCCGUCUCUACUGGUUCCCUCUUAAAGUGCUGUACGCCACGUGUGUGUUCAGCAUCCAAUCUGUCCCCAACAUCCCAUUUUACUUCUUCUUCAACGCCCUGCUCUUCGCCCUGCUGCUCAUGAAUAUCUACUGGUUUUUGUUUAUUGUGAUGUUUGUAGUGAAGCUGCUGAAGGUGAAGGAGGUGAACGAUGUUAGAGAGUAUGAAGACGAGGAUGGAAGGAAGGCAGCAGCGGAGCUGCUCAGAGAUCCUCAGACAACAAAAACAGAUGAUGAUGAUGAUGAUGCUGGACAUCACAUCUCUGCCCAGAGGAAGCACGUGCAGAACGGAGUCUCCAAGGACAAGUAUCUAUAACGGGUUCUCCGCCACCACCACAUUGGGGACUGAAACACCGUUCUCCUACAACACAAACACAUUCAAAUGGAGGAACGCUGGGAAGAAACACGACAUAAGAAAAGAAAUGAAGGAUUUGAUGAGUUUUUUUGCAUUUAGAACGUUUCAUCGUCAGUUUUAUUCGAACAGAGCACUGUGAAUGUUAUUUCAGCUGACCUUACUGUUGAUCGAGUCAGUAGAAACGAACUUGACUGAGUGAGGGCUGGACUCUGACUUCACCCUAAUGGUAGUCUUUUCCUCAUGGGAGGGGAACAAACAGCAGCUGCUUCUUUUGAUUUGUGGCUUUCAAUAUGGAGAGAAAGGAGAGUUUGUUUAUCAUUUUCCUGCGCUGCUCUGAUUUUUAGGCUUCAGUAACAAAGUCAGUGACGGUUAGCACACACCUCUGGCUUCCUGCAUCUAUUCACACAAGUUUGAGAAACCAGGUACAGAAUCUGCAUGUUUCAGGAAGUCCCGAGUGUGGCUGCAGCUUUUAUAGCAAGGGAAAUCCUUUAUUUGUAACAUUUAAACUCAGAGUUUGUCUCUUGGCCCGAUGAUCCACUAGAAUACGGGCGUUCCUGUGUGGAAAAGUGUUUUCUCUUUUUAAUUAGUGAUUAUUAUUUUGUGUCUGCUGCACUGAUAUGAAGGCAUAUGAGCUUAAUGCUGGUUUAAUGACAGGAUGAAAGCUAGAACUGAUUGACGGGUUCUAAGAAGAGAUCAUUAAUCUGUAAAAUCGUUUUUUCUACCAGGUCAUGAAUGGUGGAAGAAAAAGUGGGAGAGAUCACUUGUGAUGAAUUUGAAAAACAAACUGCGUAUGAACAUGAUCUGAUUGCAUCAUGUCAGAAUGUUUUUUUGUAUCUAAAGAAAAUCCUCCGAGUUUUUAAGCUUUAUUCACACCUAAAACAUAUUCUGAAGUGAUCUUUUGUUGGUUUAAGUGAGAAUUAACGUGGGUCUCUUAAACAAGCGUGGCUCUCUAAUGAUGUACCCUCAGAUAAACAGCGAGAAACCGAUGUGUUUAUUUGGCUGCAUGUGUGGUCAACGGCUUCUGGAACUGAGGAACGUUUAACUUGAAUCUACCUUCUCGAUCAAAUUCAAGCUUUUGUUUGGAUGAACGGCAUGCUCGUGCUGCUUGAACAUGUUGCAGAUCUUGUUAGUCCAAAACGUGUCAGUUUUGUUUUGUCUUCCCUCAAAUCAGUAUUUUGGGAACAAUUUAGAUAAAACAUGACGUAAAAGCGUCACUUUUAUUGUUUUUGUUUGUUUGAAUUGCUGCUGUUUUAUUUUUUAAGUCUUUAGGGUGAGAGCACUGUUCAUGUUCCAGAAGUGUUUUUCUGCUCAAGCCGGUGCUCUUUUUCAGGCGCCAGGCUCAUCUCCAUCACCAAAAAUCUGGAUUUAGAUCUGAAUUAAUCCCUACACAUCUGUACUGUAAACUUUACGGUCCACCCCACGUGUUUAACUGUGAGACUAGAUUAUCUAGUUUUCUGGUAAUCUAUUAGAUUAAUGAGAGAAGUGGUAGUAAACUUGUGACCUGGGUGAGAUGAGUCUUACUACAGAGAUGUUGUGAUGUGAUGAGCAAACAACAAACUGAUACUAGGUGUGGACAGCAGUGUUUCCAUCCUUUUAGCACCUCAGGGGAUAUUUGACUUUUGUGGACAUUUUUAAUCAAUGAGCUUUUUCAUGAUCACAUGAUUUUAUUCACCAGUCUGAAGUAUUUCUGUUGUUUUACUCCCAAACAGGCUUUCAUAUCUGCUUUAAUUUGGACAAUAAUUGCAUUUAAAUACUUGGCGACUGCUUACAGGGAAUUGAAAAUUCACCUCCAGUGAUCAAACAUUUCAAUCAGAUCACUUUUACAGUCAAGUCAGGAAAGAGGUUUGAUUAUUUUAACUUCACUCGCGCUUCAUGUUGGCACAGAUAAUAAAUAAUCAGGAAAGGAAUUUUUCAAAUGACCAAAAACUGGUUGAUUUCUAACACUUUCCUCUAAAGGAUGCAGGGAGUUAUUACAAUAGUUUGACAAUGUUGAUUUGUAGGCUCUGAUUUAAGGCAAUCGCUAUUUUCUGCAUUAAAAACACGUUUAGGUGAGCAGAAAAGCUGCACAAGCAUUGUGAAAAUGCUGACUGCACUGACGAACUGGAAGAAGUUUGAACAACCUGUUUUCUCUAUUUAAUUUCAUUUAGAAAGUGACAAGUUUGCAGCUUUAUCUCUGCAGCGGUGUGCCGACAGGCGGAAAAUGUUGCAAAGGCAGCUGAUGAUGCUGGAAUGAGCAGAAUGUUAUACAUUUUGCCCUUUCAUGCACAUCUGGAAGAAAUAAAAUCUCGAGGUUGUCAUCAUGCAUGAAAGGGUUCAUCAUCUUUAUUUCCAAAAGAUUGAGUUAAUAUUCUUUCAUUCCUAAAUUAUCUUCUCAAAUGCUUCAACUGUGCCACAAUGACCACUAAAACUACACCUUUUUCAGAGAAUUGGUGACUAAAGAGCUGGUUUGAGUGUGAUGGGCAGAAAAGCCCUGCAGGUAUUUCUUACACGUUGCACUGUAAUUUAUUAUUAGUAUUAUGGUUCAUUUCUAAUAUUUAAAAGGGAAAUUUUCAUGAAUAACCGAAGGAUCAUGAAACAGAAUCUUACUUUGAAAUGUAUGCGACUGACUUUUGGACCACUAUUAAACACUGUAAGCUAUUUAACAUCAAAUGACGUGUUUUUCCACACUGAAUGAUACUUGAUACACCUGUAUUUACUCUUUUGUAAUAGUUUUAAUUCCAUUCAGCUGUUUUAAUUAUUUUAUCAUAGAAUAAAACUUGUCAGUAAACAAAAACGGA